UUCGAGAAGAUUCGUGACGCGGUUCAAGAGGUUCGAGGUCGAUCGAGAUAUCGCUGGAGCGGCGGCAAUAUCGCGUCGGUACCGCUGGAAAUUUUAUCAAUACUGAGGCCGUCUAGUCGCUGACAGUCGUUCGUGAAAAGUACGCGGUCAUCUGACGGAGUUGCCAGGCCAGCGGAUAGCUCUAGUUCAGGAAACCAGUAGCGACCGACCAACAACAUGGCCACCGAGGGCGGUCUAGCACCGGAUGCGGCUGCAGGCACCGUUGCAGGUUCCGGCGAAAUCGUCGGGGGUCCCAGGACGCCUCAGCAGAUUGCCUCGCAGAAGCGACUGCAAGCAACGCAAGCACAGGUCGAUGAGGUCGUCGACAUCAUGAAAACGAAUGUUGAAAAGGUCCUCGAGCGUGAUCAAAAGCUCUCCGAACUCGACGAUCGAGCAGACGCGCUUCAACAAGGUGCGUCACAGUUUGAACAACAGGCAGGAAAACUGAAGAGGAAGUUCUGGUUACAAAAUCUGAAGAUGAUGAUCAUCAUGGGCGUCAUCGUACUCAUCAUAUUGGCCAUUAUUAUCGCGAAAUUCAUGCCAGAAUCGACACCACCACCGCCACCUUACGCUUAUCCACCGGGCAUACCAGCUCAGAUACCAGCUGCUCCAGCCGCCGCCGCUCCGGCCGCUGCACCAGGAGGCGCUGCAGGCGGUGCGAGCGGCCCCCAGACCGCCGGUGCAGCGCUAGUCGGUAACCUGAAAGAAAUCCACAGCGUGAUGUAAAGGGAGCCUCUCCGUACCGUACCGCAAUACGAAUUUUCCAUUUAAUCUUAAGCGAGUAACAAAAAAAAAAAAGAAAGGUAAACUUGCCCGUAAAACGAAGGCAGACGAAUGGAAACUCCGGUGAAAAACGCCGGGGGUUGCACGCAAGUCCACGUGAAACCGUAACCCAAUUCAUUCUGCAACUAAACUAAUUAGGUUUCUCUUUGAUCGUACGUGGUAGAAGGGAAACAAGUCGACGAUGGAAGGAAUGUUCGAUCGGCGAACGGAACGGUUGACGGGUUAACUGCUGCCGCGUUCUUUUAACGAUCGAGUUGUUUAAUUCGCCUCUGUGUUUUCCUUCCUUGACGAAAACGAGGCGCAACGCUAGUUCCUUUUUUCCCCGCAGUUAACGCGUUCAAACGUUGCUAUUCGCAAGUCCCGCGUAGCUCUUGUUAGGGUCAGUAUCCGUCAUUUCUGCUCUGUUCCGAUCGUCGCGAUUAUGACGAACACCGUAGACCGAUAAGGAGCUGGGUAACAGCCUCUGGAAUAUUUAUUUCUAUAUCUAAAUAUAGAUUAAGGCAUCGAUCUUGACUAAACCGCGAGUCUCCGUGCGUAUUCCUCGUAGUUGACCCUAGGCUGAGAAGAUCGGUCCCGAAGAGACGAUGCGGAGGACACUGUUCGCGAUAUCAGCGGGUAAACAUGUGUAUCUACGUAUAUAAGUGUAUAUGUACAUAAAUUAUUACGAAUUGUCGAUGUAAGAUUAAACUAUGCAUAUAUACAUACAUAAAUACACAUAUACAGGGUGUAACUGGACGGGUGGUGCAGCCUGGCAGACGGCCAUUAUUAUUAUACCUGUAAAAAUAACCAGAAAUAGAAUAACAUUUCUUCGAUUAAACCAACUUUGAAAAUUCAUACCACUAAAGUUUACAAAGUUUAUUCGUGGGAAUAACGAAUACGAAUUUUCGAUCGACCAGUAACCUAAUUUCUACCUACGUUUCGUUGAACCGGUAAGUCGUGUGCAAAAGCUGGUUUACGAUCGAAUCAAACAUUUUCAUUCGUUUUUCGAAAAUAAAAUUUGCCCGACUUUGUUUAAGUCUUCAAAGCGUUGAAUGGGAAAAUGUUAUUCCUUUUUUUCCAGUUUAUUUUUAAAACUAGAAUCGUUGUCUGCGCGGUUGCAGUACCCGUCCAGACACACCCUGUAUAUAAUAUAUACAUAUAUGUAUGUGAAACAUAACUUAUAAAUACAUGGCAGAUAAACAAACACGAGAAAGAAACCCGACAGAGAGAAAGUGAGGGAGAAAAAGAGUGAUUGUUAGCAUGUACUUUUAUUAUUGGUCAUCGACGGUGGACGUAGAACUAUUGCGAGUAAUCGUUGCUGUCGUUCGAUGAUUCCCGGCGUUGACUACGUUCCUUUAGACAAUCUCACCUUGCAAGCCCUUUUUUAUGGAUUCGACUGUAAUUUAGAUCCGAGCUGCAACCUGCACCGUUACUCAAUACAUGGACUUCACUACCUCACAAUUUUUAGCCUCUUUCGAAAGAGUUUAGUGAACCUCUAAUAGCCGUUCGUUUUUAAAAAUUGUUUCCCAUAGUACUUCUUACGGUUGGUGGUUCAAUUAUACAAGUUUUACCAGCCGCGUGUAUUUCGGGAGCAAGAUAUGAUCUCGAGAAGCGUUUACGAUUACGACGAAAUGUUAUUGCUUUACUCUUCAUCGUCGAGUUUACUUAGAAAUUUUCAAUUCCUUUACUAGUCUUUGGUUCUUAAACACUUAACCCCUUGAGUGAAACGACUUAUCCAAACCCGAUUUUUGAGUCGAUAAAAUAUUUAACCCUUAAAUGGUAUCGAAACGGAACUAGCAUAAAAAUAAAAAGCAAUGAUCUUUUUGUGUAGUUUAGACAAUAGAGCAUUAUCAUUACAACUGACGUAAUCUUUGUAGAUUUUCCUCAGUCGUUUCGUUUGUUUAUACUGUAUUAUUUGUAUACAAGGGGAAUCUGACCCCUAAAUAAAACAUAUUAUUGUUAUUAUUGUCUUUGUUCAGUCGGUUGCACGAAAUAAUAGAGCACAAUAUUAAUUGUAAAUAAAUGUAAUGAAAAUAUCCCACACUACCAGUUAAGGGUUAAAGUAUUUAAUAUGUUUGGGAACAGAUUGGAAAAUAAAUAAUGUUUAUAAUAAUAUUGCGACCAAUUAAAUAGUCUGCUGGAAAAUAAAUCGUGAGUCAAGGGGUUAAAGAUGAAAUGCAGCGGAUGUACAGUUGAAAAAAUGAUGACGUUCUCUUCACUGGCCUAAUCGAAUAUAGUUUAGUUUUUGUUUUUUAAAAAAUCGAAAAGUCAUAGUUGGAACGAUAAUUUCGAAAUAAAGUUGAGAUCUAUUUGAUUCGCGCAAUAUUUACAGGCAAUUUAACCAUCGAAUCGAACUCGAGGCUUCCUUGCUCAAAGUAAAACGAUACGACUCCGAUGUCCUCAACCCUCCCUUUUUCUCCGAGUCGCUUAUCGUUUGUCCAUGAAUCGAUCACAGACGAAAAAAAAAAAUGACUACUUAAAACGUUUGUAAGUACGACGAGAAUAAUUAUGCGUAAAACGGCUUCACCACAUAGGCAGUUAACGUAUUAUCACGAGGUACAGAGAUACGAAUAUUAACCGCGAUAAUUGGUUGAAUUGAACAUCAUGCAAUUUACUAAUCGAGAAAUCAAUGUUCAUCUAGGAGAUGAUUAUGUCUUAGAAGUUACUGUAUAUUAGCCUUAAAUAAAUACAAUUAUGAAAGA